UGUGCCGUUAAGCUUUCGGUGUAAAUGACCGGGAUACAGCUUUUCUGAGACGUUUUUUUAAUUUUAUUUAAUUUUAUUCAAAUCUAUUCUGUUAUUUUCUUUUCUAUUCAAGCUACUCCAGACUGCAGAGGAGACGCACAGAGUCGAGUUAACAGAGGGUGAACGACGUAAGCAGGGACUCAGAGACAGAAAGAGAGAGAGAGAGAGAGGGAGAGACAGAGAGAGAGAGAGAGAGAGAGAGAAGGAGGGAGAGCGAGAAGCUCGCGACUGUGAAGUUAAUAUCCAAAAAUCCGUCAUUGCAAAGGUGUAACGUCUCCAACAAAGCAGGACAGCUACUACUGUGGAUUUUUAGAAAUGUUUGAGAAACUCUGCCUAACCCGCCGAAAUGUUUUACUGGAGUAAUUAGACUUUUCCGCCCUUUUGCCUGGGAUAUUUUUCCUUGUAGUGGAAUUCGUCCUGUUUCACCUGCACGAGGACAGCGACCGGUGGGAAAGGAGGAGGGAGAGGAAGCACUGCCGAGAAGAAGAGGAGAAAAAGAUAAGAAAAGAGGCGGUUGAAGGGGAGGGGGAAUCAUUUCAGUUUCUUUCGGAUGGGAUUCUUCCCUCACCCCGCGGAUGGAGGGAUGAAACCGGGAGAAAAAGACGGGGAGAGAGAGAAAGAGAGAGGAGGGAGAAGAGGAGGAUGUAGUCAGGCGUUGUGAGAAUACAAAACGGACGCACCCCUCUGGAAGACAGGAUUGAACUCUAAACCUAUACGGAAUUUACAGCCACCCAAAGGAUAUUACACAUAUUUACCUCGAUAUAUACAUAUGUGGGGCAUAUUCUCUUAUCUGGAACCUAUCUGUGUGGAGUUACAACAAGAAUCACCACAACCGUUCAAAUGAUGGGAUUUGAAAAGAUAAUUGCGCCCUGACACGCAGUGAACGAAGGAACCGUAACAUCUGGAAAGAGUGAGUGAAACCAGAAAGAAGAUUUUGGACGUUUACCCUCAUCCAUGAUGUUAUAGCCGUGAUAACAUGUGAAUCCUGAAGCAGAGUGUUAUCCGCUUUUACAUCUCUGAAGGUGUCGUGUCCAGGUGGGGUGGUAACCAUGGAGAGGCUGUGGCUGUGUGUGAUGCUGGCAGUCGCCAUGGUGGUGCGGGCACAGAUCUGCCCGAAGCGCUGCGUAUGUCAGAUCCUGUCACCUAACCUGGCGACCCUCUGCGCCAAGAAAGGCCUACUCUUUGUACCGCCGAACAUUGAUAGGCAUACAGUGGAGCUACGGCUUGCUGACAACUUUGUCACAAGUGUGAAGAGGAAAGAUUUUGCAAAUAUGACACGGCUGGUGGACCUAACAUUAUCCAGAAACACCAUCUCCUACAUCACACCUCAUGCCUUUGCCGAUUUGGAAAACCUCAGAGCUCUACACCUCAACAGUAACCGGCUGACGAGGAUAGGCAAUGAUACAUUUUGCGGGAUGUCGAAGCUUCACCACCUGAUUCUGAACAACAACCAGCUGAUGCUGAUCCACCAGGAUGCAUUCAACGACCUGCUGGCACUGGAAGAAUUGGACCUCAGUUACAAUAACUUGGACACUAUUCCUUGGGAGGCCAUCCAGAAAAUGAUUAGCCUCCAUACGUUGAGUUUAGACCACAAUAUGUUGGACUUCAUUCCAGAGGGAACAUUUUCUCUGCUACAGAAACUCAACCGGCUGGACGUCACCUCUAAUAAACUCCUGAAGCUGCCGCCAGACCCACUUUUUCAACGAGCACAGGUCCUGGCCACAUCAGGGAUCAUGACCUCCACUUCUUUUGCAUUAUCAUUCGGUGGAAACCCUCUCCACUGCAACUGUGAGUUACUGUGGCUGCGAAGGCUAAACAGAGAGGACGACCUGGAGACGUGCGCUUCGCCCCAACACCUCUCUGGCCGAUACUUCUGGUCCAUCCCUGAGGAGGAGUUUCUCUGCGAACCUCCACUCAUCACCAGAUACUCCCAUGAGAUGCGGGUGCUUGAAGGGCAGAGAGUUAUACUCAGGUGUAAGGCAAGAGGUGACCCAGAGCCAGCAAUCCACUGGAUCUCUCCCAAGGGCAAACUGGUGUCUAACUCCUCCAGAACAUUGGUCUACAACAACGGGACCCUGGACAUCCUCAUCAGUACGGUGAAAGACACUGGCUCCUUCAGCUGCAUCUCCUCCAACCCUGCUGGUGAAGCCCUCCAAACAAUAGACCUGAUUAUUAUAAAACUCCCCCACAUCUCCAACAACACCAACAACAUCCAGGAGCCCGACCCGGGAUCGUCGGACAUUUCCACGUCAACCCGAGGCGGAGCCAACGGGAGCAACGUGACGGGUGACGUUAAGGGCGGGGCGGAUAAGAGGGUUGUAACGGCCGAGGCCACGUCAUCGACAGCGCUGAUCAAGUUCAACUUCCAGAGGAAUAUUCCGGGCAUAAGGAUGUUCCAGAUACAAUACAAUGGGAGCCAAGAUGACUCGCUGGUUUACAGAAUGAUCCCCCCAUCAAGCAAAAACUUCCUGGUCAACAACCUGGCAGCAGGGACCCAGUACGACCUCUGCGUGCUGGCCAUCUACGAUGAUGUCAUCACCUCUCUGACAGCAACACGUGUGGUCGGCUGUGUGCAGUUCACCACCGAGUCAGAGUACAUGAGGUGUCAUUUUAUGCAGUCUCAGUUCCUCGGCGGGACUAUGAUCAUCAUCAUCGGAGGGAUAAUAGUGGCUUCGGUGCUCGUUUUCAUCAUCAUCCUGAUGAUACGGUACAAGGUGUGUAACCCUGGUGAGGGUGGUAAAGGCGUUUCAUUGUCGAUGACCAACGUUCACUCACAGACCAAUGGGCAGCAGUCCCAGGGAUGCACUGUGACUCCAAGCUCCUCUAAACACGGCUCAAUCGGAUUAGACGACCUCUCAGGAGGCACAAAGAAAAGGAGUGGAGCAGGAGGAGGAAGAGGAGGCGGCAAGGAUACGAUGACUCAGUUGUCCGACUCAUCCCUGCCCGAUUGCUCCACGACUACGUCAGUUCUCAGCCAGCCUUGGGCAGCCAAAAGCCCAACAGCUGGAGCCGAGGAACGGGAGAAAGCGGGUGAAGAGAGAGCUCAAGCUGACGUCGCGUCGCCCACCGGCACCAGCGGUUCCCUAACCAAGCCAAAGCGGAAGCCCACUACAAGUAAGCCAGGCUCGGCUUGCUCCAACACCUCGGCUACUCCUGAAAACCUCCCCUCCCCUCGCCCUCCUUCCUCCUCCUUCUCCACCGCCUCCUCUGCUCUCCUCCCCUCCUCCCCUCUGGAGAACCUCAACACCAACCGCAACAACUCCACCUCUCUCAACCAAACCCCGCCUCCCUUUGUCCCUUCCUUUAUCUCCAGCCCUCUCGCCACCCCGAGCCCCGUCCCCUCCAUCCGUUUUAGAGAGACGCCCAUCCUGCGCAGGGCUCCUCGCGCAGGCACCUCAGCCUCCGCCAAGUACCAGACUCUCCCUGUGGAGGAGGCAGGGAGGAGCAGGGGCAGGAGGAGGUACUCGCUUAGUGAAGGAGUCUCAAAGACUCACUCGUCCCAUCAGGGAGCAGGAGGAGCUCCCAAAAUAGGACGCAUAAUGCGGGACAAAAGGAGCCAAUCAAUGAGCGGGAUGCUACUCCCAAAAGACGGAGAUGGAGACUCAGACAAGGGCCGGUGCGAUUCGGACUGGAUCUUAGAAAGCACGGUUUGAACUGGAAUGCGACAGCAACCAUAAAAUAAACUUUGGUUUAUCCAUUUUUGUUUAUCUAAUGUAUAAGUGUAUGUCUGAGGUUUUGUGUGCAUGUGUGUGUGUGUGUGUGUGUGUGUGUGUGUGUGUGUGUGUGUGUAUUAGUUUGAAUGUGUCUAGAAUGGUGUAUGAGUGGAGCUAAUGUGUGUUUGUGACAUAUGAAACUGUGUGUGUUGCCAUUUAGGAUGUGCGUUUUUUGGUGUGUACUGUACUGUAUGUGUGUGUUCAUGUUUGAACCUUUCUUUAUAAAUGUGUGAGAGGUUGAUUUUGUUUGUGGGUGAAAGCGUGAACAUACCUUUAAUUUUCCAGCCUGUUUUUUUUUUUUAAUUAUUUUAUUUUCAUAAUUUUUUUUUUUUUUUUUGU